CACAACGUCGCAGCCCGCCGGGAUGGCGGCCGCGGCGGCGGCCUCCGACGAAACCCUAGCCGCCGUAUUCGCCCAGCUCAAGCCCCACACCACCGCGCUCCUCGACGUCCUCCGCAGCGGCGGCCCCGCCACCAACUCCGCCGCCGACUCCUCCCUCCGCGCCAUGGCCGCCCUCCUCCGCUCCGCCCCCGCCCCCGCCGUGCAGCUCUGCUUCGAAUAUACGGUGUUUCCAUUGCUCAUGCUCCUGGAUGCAGCGGUGCUGUGCAGGAAGGAAGGCAAGGCAGCCGGGCAGGGCGUCGGGGAGUCUGACAUCACUGAUGCCGUUGCUGAAGGCGGGCUCGCCUGCCUUGAGAUUCUCCUCUCCAAAUGCCGCCUCACCUCAGUCAAUCAGAUGGCUACGUUACUGAAGAAGUUGACUCCUGGGGCAAUGCUUUCGCCCACCGAGGCUUCAGAGGAAUUCCGCCUAGGCAUCAUUAGAUGUUUCAGAGCCAUGAUUCUGCAGUUACAACCAUGCUCGGAUAAGUCCUGUUCGUGUAAGCAAGCAACUCUAUUGCCUACAACCCCGACCAUUAUAAGUUCGGAAGUUUGUGGUGUGGCUCACCAGAAGCACUCUGCAAAACAAGAUGAGUGCCUGCUUGCAUUCCUGCAAUCUCAAUAUGCUUCAGCUGCUGUGGGACACUGGCUUUCACUUCUUCUUCAGUCAUCAGAUAUUGAGGCAUCAAGAGGUCACCGAGGCAGUGGAGGUCUUAGAAAGGAGUCAUUGCUUGCAUUGCGCAUUCUUAUUGCCAAGGUAGGUUCUGCCGACGCACUUGCUUUUUUCCUGCCUGGUAUCGUCAGUCGUCUUGGAAAGCUUCUCUACACAUCCAAGACUAUGAUUAGUGGUGCUGCUGGGAGUGCUUUGAGCAUUGAGCAAGCCGUUCUUGGAUUGACCGAGGCUUUGAUGAUAGUCCUAUGUGACAAGGAAAAUUUAAGCGCACUUGAUAUGCCUAGUGACAAUAGUUCUACCCGUUUUUCCGGUGGUUCAAGUGACCAUGUAUUGCAGAAGCUUCGCCAAUUGCCAACGAAAAAUGAACCUAAACAGAUAGGCAAUGCUGAAACUACGGAAGACACUAUCUCUGAUGUCAGCAAGAACUCUGCUGAUAGAAGAUCAUUGCAUGUAAAACGUACAAGAAAAUGGCUUGAGGAAACGACUAGUAAUAUUGAUAAGUUGUUCUCAGCCACAUUUCCACAUCUUUCUAUUCAUCCAUCUGAGAAAGUAAGGAGGUCGGUGGUUAAUGGUGUAAGGGGGCUAUUGUCUAGUUGCAGCUACACAUUAACGAGAAGCAAGAUGUUACUGGUGGAGUGCUUAUGUGUUCUAGCAUGCGAUGAUACGGCAGCUGUGUCCGAGGCUGCGCAAGAUUCUCUUGAUCAUCUUUUUAUGAAGGGUCAGAGUUUCCUGUCAGAAAAUGAAGUUUCUGAUAUAUUUACCAGACUGCUUGAAAAGUUACCACAAUUGGUACUUGGAAGUGAGGAGGUCACUGCACUUUCGCAUGCUAGGAAACUCUUGGCUCUAACUUUCUAUGCUGGCCCUCAGUUUCUGAUAAAUCAUCUUCAUCGCUCUCCUGUUGCUGCUGCUCGCUUCUUUGAUUGUUUGGGUUUAUGCAUUAGUCAUGGCUCGCAGUUUUCUGGUUCCAUGGAUAAGCUAAUUGUAUCGAAGCCACUAUCUGUUGGGUAUCUGUAUUCAGUUGCUGAGUUAAAGAGUGGUGCCUAUCCUAAAUAUAUAAGUCAUAGUUCUCAGCAUGCUACAUCUUCAUCCAUAGCCCCAAAGAUAUCUGUUCUCCGAGAUGAUGGUUCAUCAAAUGCACAUGGUACAGUUGAGUAUGAGCUCCCUCAUGUACCUCCGUGGUUUGUUCAUGCAAGUAGCCAGAGGCUAUACUUUGCUCUGGCUGGAAUGGUUAGGCUUGUUGGUCUAUCAACAGUCUCAGGAAAAGGAACCAGCACAUCUUUAUCUGUUUUUGUUGAUAUUCUCCUCAAUCAGUUCCGGAGGUUGAGCACUGAGCUGCGCGCCAAAGACACUCAGAGAUAUGGUGUGCAGAGGUGGUACAUGAAGAGUGAUUCUGGACAAAUACUACGCCAGGCAAGCGCUGCUGUUUGCAUGCUCAAUGAGCUCAUAUAUGGUCUGUCAGAUCAGUCUCUCUGUAUAUGUUUACAGUUAUUCAACAGGAGUUCAGCACAAGUGGUACCUGGUCAAAAUGAUAAAAUUUCAUCUGCUGGACAUAGAGGAGUUACUGAUAGCAGAGUAGUUUGGAAGAUAAGUGAGGAAAUGGGAACUAAAGAUGACAUUAUUCACUGUAUUGGCAGUAUUCUACAUGAGUAUAUGUCUCCAGAAGUAUGGGAUCUUCCAACAGAACAGAACUCUGAGCUAUGCCUGGGAGAAAUCAGUCUUCCAUUGCAUUUAUUCCGUGAUACCACUGCUCUGCAACAAGUAAUGCUUGAUGGGAUUGGAGUCUUUGGUAUCAUCCUUGUUCAAGAUUUUGCACGUAGUGGGUUUAUGCACUCUUCACUUUAUCUUCUACUCCGGAAACUUAUCAGCUCAAGUGCACAGAUUAGAAUUGCGUCAGAUGCUGUCUUAAGAACACUUGCUACUUCUGGUGGUUACUCUACGGUUGGCCAAUUUGUUGUGGCGAAUGCCGAUUACAUUGUUGACUCUCUUUGCAGACAAUUGCGCCACCUAGACCUCAACCCCCAUGUUCCUGAUAUUCUUGCGUCCAUGCUGUCUUAUAUUGGUGCUUCUCGUGACAUUUUACCAUUUUUGGAAGAACCGAUGCGGGCAGUUUCUUCAGAGCUGGAGGUUCUUGGUAGGCAUGAUCACCCACAUCUAACUGUUCCUUUUCUGAAGGCAGUUUCUGAGAUUGCUAAGGCAUGUAGUCACGAAUCUAUUAGUUUACCAGAUGAGGUGCAAUCAUUUUAUGUGAAGGUCAGAACAGAAGGUCAAGCAGUCCAAAAUUCGGUAGAGAAGAGAAGAGAAACUAGUGUAACAGCUGAAGCAACGGAUGUUGAUGCUCAACCUGAAUUUCUUUGUUUGGAAUACUGGGAGGAUUUACUUUGCAAGCUAAAUGAUAUGAGAAGAUACAGAAGAAUAGUUGGAUCUCUUAUUGGGUCUUGCUUAUAUGCUUCCACCCCACUUCUCUCCUCGACCAAGGAAUCAGCAUGCCUCGUGGCCCUUGACAUUGUGGAGAACGCUGUUGUAUCUAUCGCCAAGGUUGAGGAGGCUUAUAAGUGUGAAAUUGAAAGCAAAGCUGUUAUUAGUGAGGCGGUCCAGCUUUUGUCCUUGGAUGAACUUCUUGAUGAUAUGGACAGUGCUGAAGAUGUUGACGAGAAUAGACUACCCCCAGCUAUGAACAAACUAUGGCCAUACUUCGUUAUCUGUCUUAAGAACAAGAUCUCAGUGGCUGUUGUCAGAAGAUGCACAGAAGUGUUGGGCAGAACCAUUCAGAUAUGUGGUGGUGAUUUUUUUAUACGCCGGUUUCAUAAGGAUGGAUAUAUUAUUUGGAGGUUGUUAGCCUUGUCUCCGUUCAAACGGAAAACACUGUCAUUGAUGGAUGAGAAAGCAAUUAUUUUACCAUAUAGGAAUACCUCACUUACCUCAGAGGAACCUAUGGCUGAGAUCUCCAGCCAAAAGAUUCAGAUCGCAGUCCUGGACAUGAUCACUGAGAUAUCUUCCAAUAAAAGAAGUGCCAUUGCACUGGAAAGUGUAUUAAAGAAGAUCAGUGGCCUUGUUGUAGGGAUUGCUUAUAGUGGUUUGAUAGGUUUGCGUGAAGCUGCUAUAAGGGCAUUGACAGGACUUGCCUGUAUGGAUGCUGACCUCGUGUGGCUUCUUCUGGCAGAUGUAUAUCAUUCACUGAACCAAAGGGAUAUGCCCUUACCACCUAUCCAAGAUCUGGUGGAGCUAUGUGAUCUUUUGCCUCCUCCAAUGUCUUCAAGAGAGUACCUCUUUGUGCAGUAUGGUGGUGAUGGUGUUAGAUAUGAUAUAGACCCUUCUUCUGUGCAUGAGGUGUUCAAAAGGAUGGAGGAUGCGGUCUUCAAAUGAUAUCCUGGAACCACACAGCUUUGUCAACUGGAUUAUGGUCUCGUGGAUCUACUGUUGGCAUAUGCAACGUCUUGGAGAGGACAUUUGUGUCCCACUGUCUCAAUUUUGAGAAAUCAUGGUGAGGGGUGAACUGUAACCACAAGAUAACUUUUUUGCCGUGAGCAGAUGAAAAAUGUGAUCUAAGUUAUGUAUAUGUGAUGCUGUCUGCCAUCUGUAUGUACCUUCAAGUCAACUGACGAAGGGGGUGCAACCACUCGCGACCUGGAACUGUUGUACCAUAACAACUGUAGAAGACAACGCCAGUUUUGUUUUCACAGGGAAACACUUCUGUAACUUAGUUUAAAGAUAGAAAGAAAAGUGGAGAUAUUUUAGGAUGUUCUCUAGGAAGUAGUUAUAUCUGCCUGACACACUUCAGAUUGUUGAGAAACGCUGUCUUGCCAUCAUAUCCUGAGUUUUAUUUGUAUCUGAAGUGUGGCAUGCGCCAGUUGUCAAUGUAGAUGCAAACAAGUUUCCAUAAGAAAUAGUUGACCACAUGAGUUGAUUC